CCAUCUGCAGCCGCUUACCUGUACGUGCGCUUGCAGGCGCCCGCUGCUCCGCGUGCACCCACGCGCCCCUUGGUGUACAACCUUGUAAGCGACAGCGACGUCGUCAUCACCGGCCAGACGGACAGCGCGGCAGGGUGUGCCGGCGGUGGGCAAUCCAAGCCAUUCAUGCGCGGCAGCAACAGCCACCACCUCAGCGAGCCCAGCAUGCUGCCUGGGGCGGUGGCGUCAUCUGCAGCCGCGGCAUUUCGCCGUGGCACCAUCGGCGGCAGCACCCCAGCAGCCCCAGCAGCAGCCCAGGAGCAGGUGCCGGCCUGGGUGCACAUCCAGUGUGGCGUGGGGCGGCGCGGCGUGGAGGCGGGUCUGGAGGCGGUGCUGGCGCCACCAUCGCGUGGUGGACUGCGCUUCCCGCUCAUAGUGAAGCACCCAGGCGGCUACGGCUCCGUGGGCAUGACCAAGGACUCCAAAGUGCACAACGAGGAGCAGCUUUGGAAGCAGGUGGCGCGCUUCGUGGGCAGCUUCGGCGGUGCGCUGGUGGAGGAGUUCAUCACAGGCCGCGAGUUCACGGUGCUGGUGGUAGAGGAGCCGGGGGCUGCCACACGAAUGGACGCGGGCUGCGACACGGACCCGGACCUGACUUCGUUCCGCCCCGUGGCGUACCCCACGUCAUCCUGACUUGCGCUGCGCUCAUCUAUGUCCUUUGUGUGUUCCUGCACAAGCGAGGACUUCAAGGUGCGACCGUGGCUUGGGUGUUCAUUGUUGCAAGGACUUUGGGUUUGCAUUGGGCC